CGAAUUAUCGUUUUUAACAGUUCGUAAAACACUAGUGUACAUAAAAUUAAUAUAGAAAUAUUUUUUUUGUCCGUUUAUCAGGUGUUGCGACGUUUAUGCGAUGAGGCAUUCCGGCGCAGUGGGUGGCGUGGAAGAACGCGGUUACCGGCGCACCAGUUGCAACCAUGGCUUGUUGGCCAGGAGCAGCUCGGACUCAGACCUGGCCGUGGUGGCGGGGGGCUAUCCCGGCAGCCUAGACGUCGAAGCGUACGAGGAAGAGGAGGAGGAGGAGGACGACGACGAAGAUGAUUCCGGGGAUGAAGAAGACGACGACGACGAUUGUAUGGGAGGAGCGGAACACGGAAUCCAGGAACAGCUUCCGUAUCCGGGAUUUGUUCCCUUGUCUAUGAAGUACCUGGAUCAAAAGUCCAGGCCCCGGAACUGGUGUCUGGCCAUGAUCACUAAUCCAUAUCCUUUUCAUCGCAAACUGAAAAUACAUUUUUUUUUUUUUUUUUUGAUUAUGUCGGUGGUUUAUAGUAUUGCGUCAGUUAGUCGAUUACAGCAAAAAUGUAUAAAUACGUUUGAGGCAUUUUGA